GAUGCUUCAGUAAACUAUUGCUGCUGACGUUUGACAGUACAGCUAAACGAAAUAUCAAACAAAAAUUUUACGAUAUAGAACAAAUAAAAUAUAAUAUUUGGAUCAAAAUUGUUGAAUUAAAGAAGCUGCCUAUAAGGAGCAUAAAAUGACUCGCGGCAAUCAAAGAGAUCUGGCUCGGGCCAAAAAUCAAAAGAAAUUGGCUGAACAAACCAAAGGAAAACGCUCCGAUGCCCUUACAGUAGAGCAACGCAAAGCCCGGGACGCUGAACUGAUGAGAGAGAAACAAAAGAAAAAGGAAGAAGAUGCGGCUGCAGCUGCAGCUGCCGCGGCUGCCAGCAAAGGAAAAUAAUAACUAUUGAUACCAGUUCCAGCUAGAACAGCGUGCAUCCGUGCAAUCAUCUAAGGUCAACACAAAAUUUUAGUUAGGCAUAGUCAGUUACAAGUAAGGAAAGCAGCAGCCGCAAUCCGGAGCCAACGAUCGAGGCCAGCGUUCGACUCCAGGAUAAUCAACAUCAAAAUCAAUUGGUUAAAUUGCGCUAAGUGCGCCAAAUGUGAAUGACGAACAACGAAACAGCAAUGAUUAUUAAUAAUUACGCAUCCUUAGGCAGAAUAUA